AUGCGUCCAAGAGGACCAGCGCGUCGCUCGAACUUGCCAGCUUCUCCCAUCUCUCGUCAAUCAAGUGGGGAGGCAAUCGCCGCUGCGUCCAGGAAGGCCGUCAUCCAGACGUUCUCACGGCCGGUUUGGAAUCCCAGCAACGCCUGGUCGCCCAGGUUUUCACGACUCGUGAGCUCGCAGACCUAUGUCAACGAGUAUCGACUCCUACGCCGUCCAAGGCUAAGGCCGACAUUGUCAUGCUCGAUGUCUCCACCUACAGUGAGGAAUGCGGCGGUCGCCUUCUCUUGA